GUUUCUCCUGUCAGCUAUAUUUUUUCUCCGGCUGUCACCAUUCUAGGAGAUCACAAAUUCUUUCCUGAUUGGACUUCUGAGAAGGAAACAUUCUGAAACGGUUCACUGGAUAACAACUGGAGAGACCGCAUUCUGAAACACACCAGAACUGUCCUGAUAAGAACCAGACCAGUGAUCCAUCCAGUCCCACAGCAUCCUGUUCUCACAGUGGCCAACCAGAUGCCCACAGGAAGCCCACAAAUACGACCUGAGUGCAACAGCACGCUGAUGACAGAAAUGAGCUCCUUGUCCAAUUGUGCUGCUAAUGAGACACAAAUAUGGAAUGGUACUGCCAGAGAAGAUUAUGUCAUCACAAUUGUGACCUAUGCUUUUACACCUGUCAUCAUUGUGGGAUUAAUUGGCAAUGGAGCUAUUUUUCCAUUUCUCUGCUGUAGACUCAAACGGACUAAAUACACUGUGUAUGUACUGAACCUGGCCAUUUCAGAUUUCACGAUACUCUUCUCUUACCUAAUCAAUAUUGUUUUCAGUUUAAUUAUAUGGAGAAAACUAGAUUUUGAAGGAUACUUAUAUAUUGUAAGUGAUUUCUUGAGUUUUUUUGGUUACAACACUAGUUUUUUCCUAUUGACAACCAUUAGUGUUGAAAGGUGUCUUGGUGCUUUUUGCCCAUUCUGGUACCAUAAUAAUCGGCCAAAACAUCUUUCAGGCAUAUUAUGUGCUCUUUUAUGGAUCCUGUCCUGUGUGGUGACUGGAGUGGAGUUUUUCACCUGCUGGUCAGAAUAUGUUUCAUCUGAAGAACCAUGUUACAGAAAGUAUAUUGCAGAGAAUCUAUUCCUUAUCAUAAUUUUCCUGAUUUUUACUCCAAUAAUGGUCCUUUGUAGUUUGAGUCUGUUCAUCAAAAUAUGGGGAAUUCCAUGGCCAAAGUCUCCAGCACGUCUUUGCCUUACCAUUGUUAUCACAGUUGCCCUGUUCCUCAUCCUUGCAUUGCCAUUCAGGAUCUCAUCCUUGAUAGGAUAUUGGCAUCCAGAAAUGAAGCUAAACUGGACCCUCAUGGAUGUUUCUUGCCUUCUUGCUGUAAUCAACAGCAGUGUCAAUCCUUUUGUGUACUUUUUUGUUGGAAGGCAAACACAAAAACGGCUGCGGUCUCGAGAGGCACUCUCUGCUGUGCUUCAUCGAUCCUGGAUGGAUGAGAUAGAUGUGGUGGCUACAACGCAAGAACACAUAGGCAGUGAUGAACAGGAGGCCUGAAUGCCCAUUGUCUCAGAAAACAAAGGUUUCCAGAUAUAUGUCUGAUGGAAAGAGAUUUUAUUUUGUAUAGAUGCUUGCUUUGGAAGUCUGUUCUCCAGUUUGGUACAGAUUUGCUUAUCUCUUGCCCAGCUGCUUCCAAGUCUGAAGACUGAUUUUUCCCAGUUGUUUUCAUUUCCCAUGAUACAUAAUUCUGCUGUUUUUUAAAGCAAUCAAAAAUGUUCUUCUAUAGUUAAAGAUCUCCUAAUGAUCCUCUCUCAGCUCCAUCCCCACAGUGGCCUGUAACACACAUCGGCAACCUUUGGCCAGCAGGAGCAUGCAGCAUGGAUGCCAAAGCCACUCCUCCUAUUGCUAAAUUCCCCCACCCCACAGAUGAAUUUUGCCUGGGGGAGCGCAACUGUGAUGGGAGGAGGGCAUGAAGGGAGAGUCAUCCCCACACAUUUUCCUCCCCAUAUAAACCAUACUCCGACCAGCACACCUGCUAGCUGUUUGGCUAGCUAAGGGAAGCGCAAUUGUGAUGGGGAAGAAGGUGAACAGGGAUGACUCUCCCCAUCAUAAGUGUGUGUUUGUGUGAAUGGUCCUGUCCAUUGUCAGAUUCAAUGAUAUGUACUCUCCCACCAUCCACCCAUCACAUAUGUGUUCCUUGAGUUGGGAGGAAUAUUGUCCACCCUUGCCUUACUACAUGCAGACAGAAGAUCAAAAGAAAAACCAAAUACUUGAGCAGUACUGUGACGAUCCCACAGCUGGGUCUACCUGUGAUACUCCCACCAGGGCCACCACCUCUCAGGAUCUCGGUUUUUAUUUGUUCUCUCACAUGCUCUAGCACAGAUCUCACAAGAUCCCACUGCUAGGCAGCAGCACCAGCCACUCCCUGUAAACAAUACUGCUAGAGACUUCGCCUUAGUCUCCCCCUAUGGCUUAUUGUUACUUUGUGUCUGGGUGCCCUUGCUGUCCACAACCCCCUUGUAGCUUUGUCUAUAAGCAUACAAUCCUGGGUUGCUUUGGAUACUUGACAAUCUUACAAUAUCUCCCUUCACACUGCCACCAUUUAUUUGAUACUG